UUGUUACUACUUUUUUGUUUAGACAACAUCUUCUCGCGUGGAGAUCUCGAUUACCGUAAUCUUCUGCUUGAUGCCAACUCCGCUUCAUUAUUUGUCGGUGCACGUGGACGAAUUUUCCGAUUAUGGGCUUAUAACAUCAAUGACACGUCGGAAAACUUGUUGGUGCGUAUCAACAUCUUAGAAUACGUGGACGAGUUCUUACCCUUUUUAGAGUGGGGUAACCCCAGCGAGUUACCUUCCGUUUAUUCUGGCAUCCGAACGGGAAUGGCUGGUGAGAAUCAUCUAAUCUAUCGUCCCGCAUUGAUGGAUAAAGGGAAAGAGGUGCACUCUAGCAUGAGGACUGUCUACACAGAUAAUCGCUGGUUAUACGGUAGGUGUAGCUGCAGCAAUUUCUAUACUGGUGUAAGGUAA